AUGCAUCUGGUGGUCAAGGCUCUCGUGGCGGCGUUUCUGGUGGUCAAUGCCAAGAACAUCACCUUUUCGUGGCACAUUCGCUUCUUCUACUACUUUUACCGGUACUGUGUGCUUCCCAAAUGGCUGGGGUACGGUGUCAAGGAUAAGCCCGCGUCUCCGUUUGCAGAGCGGCGAUAUGACACGCGGUGCACGCUGAUGGAGUGCGACAUCAACGUACACAAGAGCAACUCGACCUAUUUUGCCGAUCUGGACAUUGCUCGAAGUGAUCUCAUGAUCUGGCUGCUCAACAAGUUCCUGCGAGACACCCACAAGGCCAACGGACGAUGGGCCUAUGUUCCGGUGGGCUCUGUAUACUGUAACUUCAAGAAGGAGAUCAAGCCGCUGCAAAGGUACACAAUUGUGUCGCGAGUUCUGGGCUGGAACCAGAAGUGGCUGAUUGUGGAGUCUCGGUUUGAGAUUGGAUCCAAGAAGAGCCCGGUCGUGGCUGCCACUGCGCUGACCAAGUACGUGGUCAAGGACAAGAGAAAGACCAUUCCUCCUUCCGAGGCGUUCAAGAUGACUGGAUUCAGUGAAGGUCAGUGUGCUGAGGGCCUCGUGCGGUUUGAGAAGAUGCAGAGCUUUAUGGAUGUGGAGGCGAUCGAGGUUCAGGGAGAGUAA